UCUCCUCCGUCUUCCGGCGCCUGAAACCCCCCAACACACACUCUCUUUCUCUCUCUCUUUUUGACUACAAAUUUUACGAAAAAUUAAAAUGCGAACCUCCUCUCUCUUUUAAUUUUAAUUAAAAAAAACAAAAACCCCAAUUUCGCGCUCUUAUGGCUUCUCCCUCUCCAGCCCUAAGCGCCAACACCUCCGACGCCUCUCUCGCCGCCGCCCACCCCCCUCCCUUCACCGCCGUUUUCCGCUCCGAAACCCCCACCAAGACGCUCCGCGGCCUCAACAAGCCCAAGUGCAAGGUCUGCGGCAAUGUCGCUCGCUCCAGGUGUCCAUUUGAGUCUUGCAAGAGUUGCUGCUCAAGAGCGCAAAAUCCAUGUCAUAUUCAUGUCUUGAAAGCAAAUACAACUAUUCCAGACAAGGCACCAGCCUCAAGCAGUCCUCAAUUUGACCAUCAGUCAACUGAGGCAUCAUCGUCCGGGAAUUCGCAUAGAGUUGCGUCACUCCGGCAACUUUCGAACAAUUUUGCGCAAUUCAAUAGCGUGAAUAUUAGAAUUCGGACAAAGAAGCCGCUGACCAUAAAGGAUGCUGUGGCUACUAAUGAAUGGAGGUUUGCGAAGUUAAAAGAAUAUAAGGACAGAAACAUUGAAGUGGAAAAUGAAGCUUUUGAUCGAUACAUGCAGAACAUCAGCUUAUUAGAGGAAGUGUUUUCUGUGAAUACAAAUCCGGAAGAGUCCAUUGGGGAUGGAUCAUCCAUAUCAAACCAUGACACGACUGCUACAGAGAGUGACAAUGGGGAUAUGGUCUCAGGGUUGAAGUUAAAGUUGAGAUCGAAUCCAAUGAGAACCAGUAAUUUCAGAAAGAGGAUACAGCAUAUCGUUGAUCAGGGAUUGAAGAAGAUUAAAACAUGUGAGCCUGCUGGUGGAGAUAAGGAACCAAGUGACCAAAUGGAAUUGGAUCUGGGCCCUAACAAAGGAGAAAAGUGGCGAGCUGAAAGGGUUUCAGCUUUAGAUGAUCUCAUUGAUAAAAUGAACAAAGCUCGCAAUGAAGAGGAUCUACAGUCUUGCAUGGAAAUGAAGACGCGACUCUUCAAUGAACUGAAAUCAGUGAGCAGCUCAGAGUUUGAAGACACGGAGAUCUCUGAGAAACAGACUACCAAGAACAACUUGGAAACCAGGAAAGAAUCACAAUAUCUAUUUCCUCAUUUGAUUAGUACCACUGAAAUUGAUCUAGAAACUCUCAAUAGCGUUGAUGCACACUUCUCUUCCCUUGAGCAGAUAGAAGGUUUAUGAUUAAAGAUUUAGAUGUACGAUUUUUUCAGUAGGUUGUGCACUUUUAGCCAAUUCAGUCAUAGUUUUGAGGUAGGUGCUAUAAUUUAGUGUAAUUUCGUUGUUAAGUUCUUGUUCUUCUGGUCAAAAAGCACCUACGGGAACUUGCAUUGUUAAUUUGAACCCAACCAUGCUACCUUAUUUUUCUUGUAAAAUGUAACAUGAUGUAACCAGCUGCAGAAUUUGCCAAAAUCAUUGAGUAAUGUAAGCCGCUUAAAGCC